UCCCUCCCUCCCUCCCUCCGUCGGCGGCUUCUUCUUAUCCUCGGACGGCGGUGGUUGCACCUCCGGGAGGCUCUGGAUCCAGCGGUCCGACGGGCGGCCCAGGCUCCGCGGCGGCGAAUAGGGCGAGGAGGUCGUCGUCGAGGGCCGGCGGAGCCGCACUAACCGCGCGCCGCCGCCGCCGCCGCACGUCUGCUUCCUCUUCAGCCGGUCUUCUCCCGCGAGGAACAGGAAGGAACUUACAGGACCUGAACUCUCACCAGGAGCUUCCGUGGGACCAAGAAAAAGAGUCUCUAUGGCGAGAGGUAGUAGCCGCCCAGAGAACUUUGGUGUGACAAAACCUCGGUCAUACGCUUACCCGACGGAGCCCGAAAUCCACAACACCUGCAACCUAUUGGAGGUUCUAGACCAACACCAUCCGUGCAAGAGCGCGGAGGAGCGUUUCCUGCAAUCAAGUGCCUUGGAUAAACUGAAUAAAAUUGUUCAAGAUUGGGUGAAAGAGUUAACUCCCAGGGGGAUCAAGGAGGUCAAUGCGAUUUUUUUCGCUUUUGGCUCAUACUUUCUACAGGUGGAUGAAUUUGCUGAUCCGAUUGACACUAUAUGCAUAGGCCCGAGUUUUGUAGAUCAUGAGCAUGGAUUUUUCAAGAUAUUUCAUGAUAAAAUGUGUCAAAUGAAUGAAGUGACCCGAUUGAAGUCUGUUCGUAAUACAAAUGUGCCUUUUAUGGAGUUUAAGCUGGAUGGUGUCCCUAUUAAAAUUGUCUAUGCUAGUCUUCCUUACUCAGUAAUCCCAUUUAACUUUGAUCUGCAUCAAGCAAAUGUGCUUAGCAUGGAUGACGUGUCACGGAAUAGUUUUGAUGCAUGUAGAGUGACUAACGAAAUAUAUAGGCUGGUCCCGUGUAAUAAGACUUUUACGAUCGCAUUAAGAACUGUGAAAAUUUGGGCUAAAUCAAGAGGUCUUCUAUCCAAUGUUAUUGGUUUUCUUGGAGACUGCGAUUGGGCAAUACUGGUUGGACGUAUCUGCCAAGCACAUCCAUUUGCCACGCUCAGCACUAUUGUUUUUGAGUUUUUCAGCAUAUUCUCUGUGUGGUUUUGGCCAAACCCGGUUAUGCUCGUGGACCCACGUUCGGAUCCACAUCGUCUUCCUGUAUGGGAUCCUCAUACAAAUAGGAAUGAUAUUAUGCCAAUAAUCAGUCCAGUAUUCCCAUGCAAAAAUAUAAGAGCUGAUGCCUCCGCGAGCACGCUUCGGGAUAUGAUAUAUCAUUUUAAGUGUGGUUAUGAGCAGUGUAAACUAAUAAAGGUGAAUAACAACUGGAGGGAUCUAUUUAUGCCGUAUAAAUUCUUUGAGGAAUAUAUUCGAUACGUGCAUAUUGAUCUUACGGCGGAUACCGAACAAAAACUUGAGCUUUGGAAGAAAAUUGGAGAAUCUGAAUUGCUGGUGCUGAUUUCAAAGAUUGAAGCGGGCAGGGGACAACUGAUCUGCCAUAUCUGUCCGACGGAGCACUUGAGUAGCGACUCUUGUUCGUUUUUCAUCGGCCUGUCAACUAAAAAACUGAUAGUGGGCCGUGCAAUUCCCGAACAGGUUCCUAGUGAUGUGAUCAACGAGUUUAUGCGCAGAAUGGAGAAUCACAAGAGGGCUGGGAUGGAGGUACAGGUUGGUUGUCUUAACCAGACAUAUAUGAAGUCUCGCACGUGGGGUAGAUCAGCAAUGCCACUUAUCCAGUAGGCUGUGCUGUGCUCCUACGAAAAUGUAUUCUGCUGUUGGGCAAGCGGCGAGGGGAGGGGAGCCUGGAGAUGGCUUGGAGCUGAAGUGGGGCGUGAUCCUGGGAGCUGCUGUCUGCUAUCUUGUUUCAGGAAUGAGCCAGUUGUAUCCCUUUCUUUGGCGAUGUAAUAUGGUAACUGAAAAAUGGUUGGAGAGUAGGUUUUAGGUGGACAUCCGUUUGGUUGCCUGCCAUCUGUUUAGUUCCGGCCUUGGCAAAUCUGUCAGGCCGUCUCGUUUGCUUCAUCAUUUUAUAAAACUGGAGCAGGGUUGCUUGAUAUUAUUAUUAUUGUGACUAUAGGACAUUCUGUAUGGGAGUAGUAUAAAGACUUUGGUUUUUGUGAGCUGUGCAAUUCUGCAUGGAGCAGAGUUGGGUGCAGCCAUCAAUCCUCUUUCUGCAA